ACAAAUUAAUGUCUAACAAUUAUUGUAAUAUUUAACUUUUAGCGCCAUCUGUCAAUAACUACAAUAACAGUUAACAGUACGGUUAUAUCUAGCGGCUUAAUUUAAACUCUUUUAAUUGUAUACCUGUACGGUAUACUCAAAGUAUUGACCAUUUUAAAUUAGUUCGGUAAAAAGUAUUGUGUUGUAUGUGAAUUGAGAAUUCAACAUUAUCAGGACCUGUAGCAUGAUAGUCUGGCGAACGUCGAAAUCUUGAAGAAAAAAGGAAACCGACAUAUUUUGUUGCCUGGAACAAGCAAGUCAUACAACAGAGAUAGUCAGAGAUUAACUAAUAACUGCCAAUUCUAUCUUAUCUUAUCACUCCGUGUAUCUAUCAGCGGCCAGACAUGUUGAACGUAACCUUUCGGCUCGUUAUAAUAUUAUUAAUAGUUUCAAUCACUUCAUCACUGUACUAUAUCUACCAAACACGACUUUACGACAUAAGAGCAAAUCGAAAAAAUAUUAUUUCUUAUUUAAAUCAUACGGAGUUAAAGUAUAUCCUACAAUGGACAAGAAGGUUCAGCGCGCCAUUCGACUACCUCGAAGAAGGGAACAGUGUUUUUAUAAAACACAAGUGCAAGUACACCAACUGCUACGUAACAGACGACAGAAACUAUUUCCUAGACUUGAAAAACUUUCAAGCGAUUGCUUUUAAUGGAAGAGAUUUAGACAUGUGGAGUUUCCAAUUACCACAACAGCGAACGCCGGAACAGAAGUAUGUCUUUGGAGCAAUGGAGUCACCUGAUUUCUUUCCAGCAUGCAAUGAAUAUUUAGAUGGCUUCUUCAAUUGGACGUGGUCGUAUAAACUCGAUUCUGACUUUCAAUGGGGGUACAUAACUAUUUAUGAUUUGGAAGACAAUCUAAUUGGACCAGCAAUUGAUAUGAAAUGGAUUGAGAAUAUGAAACCAGUAGAUAAUGCUCUAAAAACUAAACUAGAUAGUAAGAGUAAAGCAGUAGCAUGGUUUGUAUCACAUUGUCACACAAAGCGUGGCAGAGAAGACUUUGUAGAAGAUUUGGGCAAGGAGUUAGACAAAUUUGGAUGGACUAUUGAUGUGUAUGGUAAAUGUGGGACUCUGUCAUGCCCCUUUAGAGGAGAGAAGUCUUGUAACAAGAUGUUAGAAAAUGAUUAUUACUUUUAUUUAUCAUUUGAGAAUUCAUUUGCUGAAGAUUAUGUGACUGAGAAACUAUUGACUGCUCUCAAUAAUUAUGCGGUGCCAGUUGUUUAUGGCGGUGCUGAUUAUUCAAGAUUUCUACCCGAGGGCAGUUAUCUCAAUGCAAUAGAACUUGGUCCAAGAAGACUUGCAGAAUUAAUGGAUGAAAUUAUUUUAAACAAAACUUUAUACUACAAUUUUUUUAAAUGGCAAAAUCAUUACAAAUACAAAAGUGCAGACCAUGUGAAUGCAUGCAGAUUGUGUGAACAGUUGAAUAACGAUAAAAAACUGAAGAAUAGAACUGUAUGGAGUGUUUUUAGAGAGUGGUGGAACGGUGAAAGAUAUAUAGAAAACUGCUUUUAACGGUUUACUAAAACUUUUGAAACUAAGAAAGUCCCACCGAUCUACGUUAUAUUAUUUAAAACCCUUAACAAUUAAGUUUUUAUACAUUUAUGAUCAACAUCCCGUAUCCCGAGUUGGAUCGCGGGUCGCGUGCCGUAUUUAAUUGUUGUUAUAAUAAUGGUGCUAGAACUAAAACAGCGACUGUGUCGAAGUCAAUAUAAUUAUUAUAAAUUACGGUCUAAAGAAAGUACAAGGUUUGGUGGUAUCAACAUCGCAAUUCGCAUCGUAAUCACAUCUUUAGUCCACGUUUUCAAUAAAUUCUAAACGUUAUUAAUAUAACGUGGAAAGUAAUACGAUAAUACCGCAUGUGUAAUUUAAUAAAAAAUUGUAACAAGUACUACCGUCCACAAAAGAGCGUUUUAUUUUGGACAAUUUCCUAUAAUAACUAUGAGGCGUGUGAUCAUUCAUCCUCCUAUAACAUGAUAUUAUCACUCCAUUGGGGGAUUCCCAAUGUAUGUAGAGUGAACCCACCUAGGUACACUUAAGUGUAAUAUUCUAAACUAUUGUGUGC